ACUGGUAUCCAUAAACCUUGUCUCACCAUACAUCAGUACUCUAUAUUCAACAUCGACACCAUGGUCAUGAAGCGCAAGUUCGACUUCGAUGCCAGUGAUGAGUGCCCUCAGGUCGCCAAGCAGUUGAAAAUGGUUCCCUUCCCCAACUAUGAACCUGACACCGACAUUGCUAUGUCUGAAUCUCCCUCAUCUGACGCCGUCUCAUUUUUCCCUGAAAAUAAUCAUACCCGCCUUCAUUCUACUGCCAGCUCGUCAAGUGGUUCAUCUGAAUACUCGGAUGGCAUCGACCACAACUCUCCUUUGUACCCUCGUUUUACCCCGGUCGUCGACUACCAGCCGGACGACUCUGCAAAGGCGGUUGGGCUGCUGCAACCUGCAAGCUCAUUUACUCACCAUGGUUCGCAUUGCUCACAAAUACCCAAACUUCGUGUCGCCUGUUCCGCUGGUCCCGACGGCUCCAGGACGAUGUGGAGCUUUUGUGAACAAUGCGGCGCAAUUUCCAUGGUAGAUUCGGACUGAAGUCAUCGACAUCAUGGCACCUGUUUCUUUUUUUAUUUUAUUUUGCUGAUUAUCCCUCGUGAUUUGCUUUUCCCUUGGCUCGACUGGUCACUCCAAUUUUCGACAUCGAUCCCAUAUUCGUCUCCCUCGCGCCGCUAACAGUAACCAUCACCUCUAUCCGCCUCCUUCGACUUCACCGCCCUUCUCGUGAUCGACACCCGGUCAAUCUCCGAGCCUUCGGCCACCACUCGACAUCAAAAUAUCGGCCAAUAUCAUACUGCACUGCUACGUUUGCUAAAUAUGCUCUCGCUGUACAUAUCUUGCUCCGUUGUAACACGAAUGCUCUGUUGCUUUGACGCCAAA